AUAGACGCACGCACGCAUCUCCAUUUAGUCCUCACAAACUUCAUCUUUCUCUAUCUCUGAUCUCUCUCUAAACUCUCUCCUCUGCUGUAUAUGGCAGCUGAUGUGAGCUCUCUACUUAGGAUUCUGUCUGGUUACAAGGAUGAUCGGACGGUUGCUAAUGAAAUUGUUGCUGGAAAAUCAACGGCUCUGAUUACCAGGGAUUUGCUUGGUGGUGGUGUCGAGGCUUCUGCAAAGGAUGAGCCUCAAGAGUUGGACCUUGACUUGCGAGUGCCUACUGGCUGGGAAAAGCGCCUCGACUUGAAGUCAGGAAAGGUUUAUUUACAGAGAUGCAAUUCAUCAAAUUCAGUCUCACCUUCACCUUCACCUUCAUCAUCAUCAGAUCUCAGGCAACAAACCAAUCAAACAGUGGCAAAGCUUCAAGAUUUGAACUUCCCACCAUCACCUUCCAAGAUGAAACUAAAUCUUUUUGAUGAAAGCGACUUAGAACUAAAGUUAGUCUCAUCAUUAUCAAUAGCAAAAACUACUUCAUCAUCACCGACAACCAAAUAUCAAAGCGUGUGCACUCUAGAUAAAGUGAAGUAUGCACUUGAAAGAGCAGAGAAAGGACCAAUGAAGAAGAGAUCAACACUGUGGAAAUCACCACUAUCACCAUCGUAUUCAUCAUCAUCAUCUUCCAUUCGAGAAGAGGAAAAUGAAGAGAACCCAGUAUCUGAACCGGUAGCAGCAGGCUGCCCGGGCUGCUUGUCUUAUGUGUUGAUAUUGAAAAACAAUCCAAAAUGUCCCAGGUGCAAUUCGGUUGUUCCAGUUCCAACGGUAAAGAAGCCUAGGCUUGAUCUCAACAUUUCAAUUUGAGAUUUGAUGUUUCGUGAUUUUGUAAAUGAUAGGUGGAAUUUAGUGGCUCAGAGAAUAGCACCGUAGGCAAAGAAUUAGAAAUUACUGUUAUUUUUUUUUUAAUGUCUUUCAUUCGCCUGGCAGAUAGUAAAUUUAUGCAUUUUAGACA